CCUAAAAACUCAUCUUUCUGACCUUUUUUCUUUUUUUAUUCUAUUCUUCAAAUACAGACUUCAAACUGCAUCAACAAAGACAGACGGGCAGGUUUUCUUAUUUUAAACUCAAACACUGAUUUUAUAAUCUCUAUUKUUGCCCUGAUGAGACAGAGUUAAAGUCCAGAUGUGAGCAGGUUCAGUUCUCUGUCAGAUGAGUUUUGGACAGAAAGAGGAACUGGUUGUGAACUGAUCCAACGCUCAUCAUCGGCCCUCCUCUUUUAAAUUUUAACUCAGCAGUUCUGUAAGCCCCUCUAAACCGGACGGUUUGUGGGCCAGACCACCACAGAACCCACGGGCGACAUGGAGGACCCGGGCCCCGCCGGCAGACAGACCAGGAAGAAMGUUGUAGCUGUGGUGGGCGGAGGGUUGGUCGGAGCUCUGAACGCCUGCUUCUUCGCCAAAAGAGGCUUUCAUGUGGAAGUGUUUGAAACAAGGGAAG